GAACAGGACUGGGAAUAUAUCCGUAAUCAGAUCGGCGACUACUUCAUGAACAGGUCGUGGAUGGAGAAGACCAGGAAGCAGGCUCUCGCCAUACGAUACAGGGACAGCGGGUGCCCACGGGAACUCCCGAGUCAGUAUUUCAUCCGUAAGCGUGAAUUGCUCGAACUCGCAUACGAGAACUCCGAAAGCGAGCUCAUUUCCGACAUCAUGGCAGGCGCCCCGCGAGUUUGGAACACGAUUCUUACCCCCCGCAUCUAUCGAACUACUUCGGAGCUC